UUCUUUCUUUAAAAAGAAAAUAAAUCCUUCCAGAUCACAGGGUUCGAUGUUGAGGACCUGGCAGUAGAUGUGGGCUUUUGGUUCAAGGCUAGCACCAAACGCAAGAACAUAUUGGAUAGUAAUUCACCCAUUUCAAUUCUCAAGAUAUAGUUUGCAUACAGAUAUAGUAAUACAAUGUUUUUUUCUCUUAAAUCAUUGCACUGCUUGAUUGCUGUAAUCUAUAUUUUUCAUCAUCACAGAGCUCUGUACCGUUUGUGACACAAGCUACAUGGAGACACUGCUGCAUGUGAGCACAAGAUGGCUUAGUUUGGAGAUGGUGGUCAGUCGGAUUCUACGUCUCUAUAAAGCACUCAGGAGUUAUUUUGGAAGCAUCCAUGAAAAGCAAGCCAGGUGUGUCAGGCUGCGUGAAGUGUUUCAGGACCCAAUGUCGGAGAUCCAUCUCCUAUUCUACCAGUCGACACUGAUAAUAUUUACACAUUUCAACCUGCUCUUCCAGCGGCAAGACCCUUGUGUCUAUCUCCUUCAUGAACAAUUCUUGAAACCAGGAGCUUUCAGAGGGGUCAAUGUGGACACAGUGGACCUCAGGGAUGAGGAGAGCCAAUUGCCAGAUUCUCAGCUUGGUGUUGGCUUCACAACAAGGACGACAUUAAACCGUCUUGUGGAAGCAGGUGAUAUCUCCAAAGACUCUGCUAAAAAGUUCCAUGUUGCAGCCAGGAGCUUUUUUGUCAAAGCAGUCGAGUAUGCCACAGCUAAGCUCCCACUACAUGACCCUGUGUUGGAGCAUUCAAGAUUUGUUGAAUUCAGACAAAAAAUGGAUACCAGCUUGGAUGAUGUGCUCUACUUUGUUCAUAGAUUCAACCAUCUCCUGCCCUACAACCAACCAAGGGAGCAGGACCAGCUGAAUGAUGAGUUCCUUGAGUAUCAAAUGAUGGAGGAGGAGGAUAUCCCAGCAUCCAUCUGGGGAGAAGCAGUCAUCCGGACAAACGAGGAUGGGGUGUACCACAGGAUGGACCGUCUAUGGGGAUACCUUGGAAGUCUGAAGAAUCGGGCAAGUGGCAUUUUAAAAGUCCCCAAAUUAUCAAAGGUUGCCCUGAUUGUGUUGAGUCUGCCACACUCAAAUGCGGAUGCUGAGCGAACCUUUUCAGUUAUUGGCCUGAACAAGACUGACACUAGGAAUAGACUGUAACUUGAUGGCACCCUGUCAUCAAUCAUGACAAUGAAAAUGAGCAGCCUUGAACCCUGCUUCAGAUACGAACCUCCUGCAGAGGUAGUGAAGCAGGCCAAAACUGCCACUGUGGCAUACAACAGACCUAAUUUGUGAAUCUUGUGGUUUUCUGGGCAA